AGAGAGAGAGAAAGAGAGAGAGAGAGAGAGAGCGAGAGAGAGAGAGAGAGAGAGAGGGAGAAUGAGGAAGAACUCUCAGUGCACCUUUUUGUCCUCCGAUAUGCAGAUUUUCUGAUAAAGCAUCAGUUAUCUGAUCAUCUCAUACAGGUCGUGGAAAACUGCGAGUGUAUGGGAAUCUUUAACAAUUUUUUCUUCACCUAGGUAUCUCGCCUUGAUCUCCUAUAUAACCCAAGACGAAUGUGAGCUGUAAUAGGCUAAUUACUACUGACGGCUCUUGCGGCUCUCUAUUGGCAUUUUCACGUCUAGGCUAGGCUACAACAACUACUAUUGCUGACUUAUUCUGUCUGUGGAUCUUGCCGUUGCGUCUUAGAAAAGGUUUAGGAAGCAGAGGAAGUGAACCACUCCAGAAUCAUGGGACACUUUCAGAUCUCCCCCAUUCUCUCCCUUGGCCUUCGGUUCGUGGUUGUCGUAGCGAUCCUGUUCCUCAAAUUCCAACAUGUGACGGCUAUGUCCUCGGACGUGGACUUUGAUCAGUUCGUGUCUCCUACUGCCAGCAGCAACAUUACUGUGUGCACCACAGCAGGCACAGCAUGCGAAAAAGGGGUGAUUCUGCCUAUCUGGGAACCUCAGAAUCCCUCGUUCGGGGACAAAGUGGCACGGGCGACAGUCUACUUCGUGGCCCUGGUGUACAUGUUCCUCGGAGUAUCCAUCAUCGCUGACCGUUUCAUGGCAUCCAUCGAGGUCAUCACCUCUCAGGAGAAAGAGAUCACUAUUAAGAGACCCAACGGAGAGACCACCACCACCACCGUGCGGAUCUGGAACGAGACCGUGUCCAACCUCACGCUUAUGGCCCUGGGUUCUAGUGCCCCUGAGAUCCUACUGUCCGUCAUUGAGGUUUGUGGACACGGUUUUGAUGCGGGAGCCUUGGGCCCCAGCACCAUCGUGGGCAGUGCCGCCUUCAACAUGUUUGUCAUCAUCGGCAUCUGUGUGUGGGUGGUGCCCGACGGGGAGGUCCGUAAGGUCAAGCACCUGCGCGUCUUCUUCGUCACAGCCACCUGGAGCAUCUUCGCCUACAUCUGGCUCUACCUGAUCCUGGCUGUCAUCUCCCCUGGCAUAGUGCAGGUAUGGGAGGGCCUGCUCACCCUCUUCUUCUUCCCCAUCUGCGUGUUGUUCGCCUGGGUUGCUGACCGACGCCUGCUCUUCUACAAGUACGUCUACAAGCGCUACCGUACCGGCAAGCAGCGGGGCAUGAUCAUUGAGACCGAGGGCGACCGCCCGCUCCCGUCCAAAGUCGACAUCGAGAUGGAUGGGAAGAUGCUCAACUCUCACGCGGCGGACUUCCUGGACGGGCCUCUGGGGCUAGACCUGAACGUGAAGGACCUGGAUGAGGAGGAGACCCGGCGCGACAUGGCCAAGAUCCUCAAGGAGCUGAAGCAGAAGCACCCAGAUAAGGAGGUGGAGCAGCUGAUUGAACUGGCCAACUACCAGGUAUUGAGUUCGCAGCAGAAGAGCAGGGCCUUCUACCGCUGCCAGGCCACCAGGCUCAUGACCGGCGCUGGGAACAUCCUGAAGAAGCAUGCAGCCGACCAGGCCCGCAAGGCCAUCAGCUUGCACGAGGUCCGCUCUGAUGUGGCUGAUAACGACCCCGUCUCCAAGAUCUACUUUGACCCCGGCUCCUACCAGUGCCUGGAGAACUGCGGCACAGUGGCAGUGAACGUGCUACGCCGAGGUGGCGACCUGGCCAAGACUGUGUCGGUGGAAUUCCGUACGGAGGAUGGAUCAGCCAACGCGGGCUCGGACUACGAAUUUACCGAAGGGGUGGUGGUGUUCAAGCCCGGAGAGACCCAGAAAGAGAUCCGCGUGGGCAUUAUCGAUGAUGACAUCUUUGAGGAGGACGAGAACUUCCUGAUCCAUCUGAGCAACGUCAAAGUGCUGCUGGCAGAGGGGGAGGAGGUAGAGAACCCAGAGACCAAUCACGUGGAGGCGGUGGCCUGUCUCGGUCUGCCCGCUACAGCAACCGUGACCAUCUUUGACGACGACCACGCCGGCAUCUUCACGUUCGAGGAGCCGGUGGCGCACGUGAGUGAGAGCGUGGGCACCAUGGAGGUGAAGGUGCUGCGUACAUCGGGUGCACGUGGGGUCGUCAUGGUGCCCUACAAGACUGUGGAGGGCACGGCACGCGGAGGUGGAGAGGACUUUGAAGAUACUCACGGGGUCUUGGAGUUCCAGAAUGAUGAAAUCUUCAAAUGUAUAAAGGUCAGAAUCAUUGAUGACGAGGAGUACGAGAAAAACAAGACCUUCUACGUGGAGAUGGGAGAGCCUCGCCUGAUGGAGACCAAUGACAGUAAAGCUACAGAGGUGGCUGAGAAAGAGGUGGAAGAGGUGGUGCCGCUAACAGGGGUGGAUGAUGAGGAGCAACGCAUCGCUGAUAUGGGUCGACCCAUGCUUGGGGAUCACGUCAAACUUGAAAUCAUCAUCGAGGAAUCCUAUGAGUUUAAGAACACUGUGGACAAGCUGAUUAAGAAGACAAACCUGGCCCUGCUGGUGGGGACUAACAGCUGGAGAGACCAGUUCAUCGAGGCCAUCACUGUCAGCGCCGGUGAGGAUGACGAGGAUGAAGAGUGCGGCGAGGAGAAGCUGCCGUCCUGCUUCGACUACGUCAUGCACUUCCUCACCGUCUUCUGGAAGGUUCUGUUUGCGUUCGUGCCCCCGACAGACUACUGGAACGGCUGGGCCUGCUUCGUGGUGUCCAUCUGCAUGAUCGGCCUGCUCACAGCCUUCAUCGGGGACCUGGCCUCCCACUUCGGCUGCACCGUGGGCCUCAAGGACUCAGUCACCGCCGUGGUGUUCGUGGCCCUGGGGACCUCCGUGCCAGACACCUUUGCCAGUAAGGUGGCAGCCAUCCAGGACCAGUAUGCUGAUGCAUCCAUCGGCAAUGUGACGGGCAGCAACGCGGUCAACGUGUUCCUGGGCAUCGGCGUGGCCUGGUCCAUCGCCGCCAUCUACCACAACUCCAAGGGCAACGACUUCAAGGUAGACCCGGGGAGCCUGGCCUUCUCCGUCACCCUCUUCACCAUCUUUGCGUUCAUCUGCGUGGGAGUGCUGAUGUACCGGCGGCGACCUUCGAUCGGCGGCGAGCUGGGGGGUCCGCGGACUCCCAAGAUACUGACCACCAUGCUGUUUGUCAGCCUGUGGCUGCUUUACAUUCUGUUCUCCUCACUGGAGGCCUACUGCCACUUCAAGGCCUUCUAAACAGCUACAAACUUAAGAAGGCCCUAGAAGAGCUAACCGGAGACAAGAAGGAGGCAACAGCAGCAGUGAAAAAUGUUUUUCUCCCGACCCACCCCACCCUUUCCCCCUUUUAAGAAGUGAAAGAUCCCUCCCCUAGUGCUUAAGGGAUGAGACUGGUUGUUCAGGAGCGGCCUGUCAACGCUGGGACAGAGACACCUCUGAAGUCUGUAGAAUGACAGUUGUGUGUGUGUGUGUGUGUGUGUGUGUGUGUGUGUGUGUGUGUGUGUGUGUGUGUGUGUGUGUGUGUGUGUGUGUGUGUGUGUGUGUGUGUGUGUGUGUGUGUGUGUGUGUGUGUGUGUGCGUGUGUGCGUGCGCGCGUGCGUGUGUGCCGGUGCGUGUGUGUGUAGCUGUUUGUUAUGCUUCUCACUACCCAGCAACCCUAUAGAAACAGCAUCGUCGACGCCUGGCGCUCAUUUCAAACUAAACACUAGACAUUUGAGUGAAAUCCUUCAAUAAUUCCCAUACCAUCAUUAUUGAUAUGUAUAUGCAUGAACAUCAAAAGAAAAAAAGAUACGGCUGUUCGCAAACAUAGUGGGUGGGGAGUAACAGGUACUUUUGAAGAAAGUCUCUUGUCUGUGUGUGAGUCUUAGUAAAUCUCAGUUAGGGCCUGGCUGCAAGAGCUGCUCACCACCUUCUGACCCUCGGUUUGGUCCCCAGUAGAACAUGUGAUUAGGUUUCCUCUGUUCUUUUAUCUUGCUGUAGAUGUAGUUGUGUUAAAGGAGUUUAGCAUACUUUUACCUUUAAGGCCGUAUCGUGAUUGAAUGGCCAGCGUUACCAUUUUAACUAUCAGAUAACUCGUUGUCAACUUAAAUUAUCAUUUUCAAAACUAUCCCAAGAUCGCAUUUCCAGUUUAGUCAAUAGGAGUUUCACCACCACCAUGCUUGAUUCAAAUUGCAAUAGAAUGCAGAGAGACCGUACUGGAUCUCCCUCUGCAUUAGCUCCAUCCAUUGGCUACACAUCUUUCAGCAGCCUCUCACCAUUGGCUCUUUCUCUCUGUCUUUGUGUCUAAGCUCCUACCGGACUGGUCUUUUUAUCAGUCCUCAAGGGCUCUACAGUCAAUUCUUAACCACUAACCCUAACCAGAAACGUAAACCCUUUACCCCUCGCCCCUAUCAUAAACCUACCCUCAACACUAAACCCUCUCCCUCUUUCUCUCUCCACUGAGCUGCACAUCUUCAUUUUUUUUAAAUUAAAUGGAAUAUUUCAAUAAACAAUAUCUUAAACAUAAAAUACAUCAAUUGUAAUGGUGGACAGAAGUGUAGAUUAAACGGUUCCUAUAAUGCAGUAGCUAUAGGGACAUUUUACAGAAGUUCAAAGUGAAGCUGGUGAGAAAUACAUCGACUGAGUAUUUUCUAUUUUCUGAGGUAAAGGCUUUUGUCUUAAUGAUGCAAUCUUUUUAAUCCAUCUUACUGCCAGUCUCCAGAUAUAAGGGUUUACAUUCAAGACUGUUACUACACGUCCAGUUCAGCCACAUCAGGCAGGUCAAUCAGUGUGUGGAAGAGGAAGACGGUCCACAUUAUUUGAUGAAUACCCUGAGUUUCCUACUGAGUUUGUUUAAUACACUAUACUUGAUGUGUAACGUAACAAUGAAGAAAAAGUAAUCAUAGAAGUAGUUUGGUUUAGAAAAUUAAGAUUUUGUCUUGUUCUUGUAAUUUCUCACCACAGAAUUUGCAGCCCCUGAGAAGGUUCCAUCUAGAUUAAAGUACUUAUAUGGAAGCCAAGUGGAGUUUAAUCCUAUUUUGCCAAAGGGAACUAUUUCUAAUGGAAACUCCAGUAACAGCUUAGCCAGAAAAUGAGUGUGUUUUCUAACACACUGACAUUUCUUAACACCACCAAAAAGAUCCCUGUGCGGUACUAAAAGCCUUGGUAUUGCUUUACCUAAACAGAACAUUUCUAAUUCCAAAUUUGGAUAAAAACGUUCACAUUUCGUGGAGAUUGAUGUUGAUGUUUCGAAUUGAAGGAAAAACAUUGCACUGGUUCCCGUGUUUCUAAUGAGAAGGAUGACAUUGCUUAUAUGCUGACGAUGACUCUGCUGUUAAAUGAUUAUACAUUAUGACCUUUCUCUGAUCUGAAAAGGUUACUAUGACAAUGAAAUACUAAAAAAGACCUUUCCUCCAACCCUAAUACUCAACUAACCAACUACAAAUGACAAGAAGAGGAGGAGGAGAAAGAAAAAACAUGUGAAGUACAGCCAUACAUUGUGUACUGGUGCAGUGAAGCAGAAGGACUUCUCCUGCCCAGCAUGUGUUGCUAUAGUGUGCGUCUGCACUGUGACUGUGCAGCAUCUCUCUGUGUCCUCUACCCUCCCCACAUGCCAUGUCCAUAUUUUGGAAUGUUAAUUGUUAAUUAAUGUGCUACUUGUUCACACUGUGCAUGAAUGAUAACAUGUCUGUAUAUACUAAGCAGUAUCCCAUUCGUUCAUGUUGACGGAGGUUUGAAUGAUGUAUAGAUUUGGACUUUUUUUUUUAAUGUACUAUAACCUAAUGUUUUAUUUUAAGUUGAAUGAUGUAUUUGGUAACUUGCACAUUAAAUAAAAAAAAGGCAAUAUCUGCUGUUGUUGAAUGAGGGUGAGAGCUUAACGAGUUACGUAUCUUAAGGGAGUUGCAUGGGUAUUUGUACAAAAGACAAUGCUUGCUUAUAAUGACAUGGCUGGUUGUAUUAUUUGACAGUGUAAAGGCUAUUUUGUCAUUGAAGAGAUAAUAUGUGUAUAUACUGUACAUUGUUACCAGAGAGAGGUCUGAUACCUCCACAUAUCUUAGUGAAUUCUACAUAUUUAUUUUAAAACCCUCACUAAACUCAAGAAUGACAAAUAUUGCCUUUUUAGAGAAGUAGUUUGCUUAAAUGCUUGUUUUGCUCUCUCUCGCUCUCUCUUCCUUCCGUGCUGAGCAGUGUUUUGUCUUAGAUAUCUGAAAAGUGUGUCAGUUCUUCAUGCGGGGUGGAUUCCUUCUUCAACUCCAGAUCUGUCUGUCUGUCAACCUGGUAUGUGACCACCCAUCUGUCUCUCUGGCUGGCUGGUACUGUGCCUGCCUAUCUGCCUCUGUCCCUGUUCAGUGUCUCUGUCUGUCUGUUGGUACCUGAGGUGCGUCAUCUGAUUUACACCACCACCGCCCGCUGCUCAGAUGGACCGUCGUUUAACAGGGAUCUAAUAUAUUUCACUUUCUCUCUUUCUUUUCCCUCCUUGCAUUCGCACUUUCUCACUGUUUAGCUCUCUCUCUCUCUCCUCUUUAACUUUCUCUCAACCUUAACCUCUCGAUCUGUCCUUUCCUUGCUGUCUCUCUUUAGCAGGGUUUAGUUUGCUAUUUGUUUUGUCUUUUUGUUUGAUUUUGUUUGAUUCUAACUGAUAGAAUAUCACGAAUUUGUCUUAUUUUGUUGGUGUCGUCUGUGUUUUUUCUUUGUGUUGCACAAACGAAUAGGAAGACACUACACUAACUGUGAUUACUCUACAUGGUACACUUCUAACACAGAAAAUAAAGUUUGGAAUACCCUGUUUCAAAGA